CCGAAACGUCACAGUUUCUCCGCCAAUUUGUUUUUGUUUCAGAUUUCCAGCAUCCGCAGUUCUUGGUUUUAAUUACUCGAAUGUUUAGGAGUGUUCUUUCACCGCAGAUGCUGCCAAACAUGUUACCCCAAAACUUAUUCUCUCACGUUGUAUCUCCUAUCACAGGUGGCAGCUCCCACACUCUGCUAUCGAAAGAAAAAGAAAAUACUUUAAAAAGUAUUAAAACCACUAUUUAAAAUAAAAUCCCUUUAGACAAAAAAACCAACAACCGUGCCCGUUAGAGCGGUGGGUCUGACAUCUAGAAACUUCAAGGCAUUUACGUUAUCAGUCAAACUGCCCUUCGGACUCUUAACUGUCUUCUAUUUGUAUUUUUUUCCUAUUCUUCUCUCCUUUCAAUUUUUCACGUACUGUCAAUUGGGUCUCACUUCUUUUUUCUCUCUCACUCACUCAGGAAACUGAGACCAGCCGAAUUGAUUGAUGUCAACGUCCCCAACUUCGCUGUCUUCUCGGUUGGGAGCCGCAGUAUGACGCAGCUCGAAGGGCGGACCUUGCUCUCGGGGAACACAUCAACUGGGCGGAUCCUUCGUCCAGGACCCAACAGCGUGCGGCACACCGGACUCAAAGAGGUGUUACACACUCACUUUCGCUUCCCUUCCCCGCACCCGUUCGCGGACAAAACGGAGAUGGCUUGCUGCUUUCCUGCGCGUUAAAAAAAGUACUGGCAAUUGCUCCUAUGGCACUGAGAGAGUACAACGUGCCCACAGUUGGUGGGGAUCGAGCACCGAGGGCUGUCUGCCUGGUACACAGAGCAUCAGAGUAUAGAUAACAGCCAGCAACACGGUGCAUGAUGAUUCCAGUAACGGAAUUACGAUAUUUUGCUGACACUCAGCCUGCAUACCGCAUUUUGAAGCCAUGGUGGGACGUGUUUACGGACUACAUCUCCAUUGUAAUGCUAAUGAUAGCAGUAUUUGGUGGCACACUGCAGGUCACGCAAGACAAAAUGAUCUGCUUACCUUGCAAGUGGGUUGCAAAUGAUACAUGUCUUGAACCCUUUGAUUACCCAAAUGCAACACUCCCGUCAUCUUCAGUCAUUCCCCCGUUUUCCAGUGAACCCACAGGUAUCCAGUAUGACUUGGACCGCCACCAGUACAACUACGUAGAUGCAGUAUGCUAUGAGAAUAAACUUCAUUGGUUUGCAAAAUAUUUUCCCUACCUUGUACUUCUACACACGCUGGUGUUCUUAGUAUGUAGCAAUUUCUGGUUCAAAUAUCCUCGAACCAGCUCAAAGCUGGAACACUUUGUAUCGAUCCUUCUGAAAUGUUUUGACUCACCAUGGACAACAAGGGCACUAUCUGAAACUGUGGCAGAAGAAACUGACCCAAAGCAGUCUUUUGCUAAAAUGAAUGGUUCAAUGGCAAAGAAAUCCUCUACAGUGAGUGAGGAUGUGGAGGCCAGUGUACCCAUGCUGCAAAGAACAAAAUCCCGCAUUGAGCAGGGAAUAGUCGAUCACUCGGAAACAGGUGUAUUGGAUAAGAAGGAGGGAGAGCAAGCUAAAGCUCUGUUUGAAAAAGUAAAGAAAUUCCGCACCCAUGUAGAGGAAGGGGAUAUAGUUUACCAGCUCUAUAUGAGACAGACUAUUAUCAAAGUAAUCAAAUUUGCUCUUAUUAUUAGCUACUCACUUUAUUAUGUUGAUGAUAUAAAAUUUGAUGUGUCCUGUAUAGUGAACAUUCAGAACCUCACAGGAUACAAUGUGUAUCAAUGUGCUCAUCCAUUAGCUACACUGUUCAAGAUCCUUGCAUCCUUUUACAUUAGUUUAGUGAUUGUCUAUGGACUUAUUUGCAUGUACACACUCUGGUGGAUGGUACGCCUUUCUUUGAAAAAGUAUUCAUUCGAGUCAAUUCGAGAGGAGAGUAGCUACAGUGAUAUUCCUGAUGUCAAGAAUGAUUUUGCUUUUAUGUUGCAUCUCAUUGAUCAGUAUGAUCCAUUGUACUCCAAACGUUUUGCUGUCUUUCUGUCUGAAGUCAGUGAGAACAAAUUACGACAGCUCAAUCUGAAUAAUGAAUGGACCCUAGAAAAACUCCGCCAGAGGAUCAUGAAAAACUCUCAGGACAAACUGGAACUCCACCUCUUCAUGCUGAGUGGAAUCCCAGACACCAUCUUUGACCUGACUGAACUGGAAGUGCUCAAAUUGGAGAUGAUCUUGGAUGUCACCAUUCCUCCAAUUAUUGCCCAACUUACUAACCUCAAAGAACUCUGGUUGUACCACACGCCAGCAAAGAUUGAGGCACCAGCUCUUGCCUUCUUACGAGAGCACCUGAAGUCACUACAUAUCAAGUUUACAGACAUCAAAGAGAUUCCUCUGUGGAUUUACAGCCUGAAGAACCUCGAAGAGCUUCACCUAACUGGGAACCUGAGUGCAGAGAAUAAUCGCUACAUCGUGAUUGAUGGCUUACGGGAACUCAAAUGCCUCAAAGUUUUGAGGUUGAAGAGCAACCUAACAAAGUUGCCACAGGUUGUCACAGAUGUUGGAGUCCAUCUGCAGAAAUUGUCUAUCAACAAUGAGGGCACCAAGCUUAUGGUCCUCAAUAGCCUGAAGAAGAUGGUUAAUCUGACAGAAUUGGAGUUAAUCCGUUGUGAUCUGGAACGAAUCCCACACUCCAUCUUCAGUCUCCAUAACUUACAGGAAAUCGAUCUCAAAGACAACAACUUGAAGACAAUCGAGGAAAUUAUCAGUUUCCAGCACCUACGGCGCCUAGUCUGCCUUAAGCUGUGGUAUAACCAUAUUGCCUAUAUCCCCAUUCAGGUUGGCACUUUGACCAACAUGGAAAGGCUCUACCUGAACCGGAACAAAAUUGAAAAGAUUCCUGCUCAGCUGUUCUAUUGUCGCAAGUUGCGGUACUUAGAUUUGAGUCAUAAUAACCUGACAUCUAUACCACAGGACAUCGGGUUCCUUCAGAAUCUGCAGUAUUUUGCAGUCACUGCAAACCGGAUUGAAACUCUGCCACCUGAACUGUUUCAAUGUCGUAAGCUCCGAACUCUAAACCUAGGGAAUAACUGCCUGAUAUCACUGCCAUCACGGGUCGGUGAACUGACGAGUUUAACGCAACUGGAGCUUCGAGGAAACAGAUUGGAGUGUCUCCCUGUAGAACUGGGAGAAUGCCGACUGCUGAAACGAAGUGGCCUCGUGGUGGAAGAUGAUCUCUUCAAUACACUCCCAUCUGAGGUUAAGGAGCAACUGUGGCGAGCAGACAAGGAACAAGCCUGAAUUUUAUCAAUGUUGUAAGGAGGAAAUACAUAUGUUGCCAAGUUUUCAGCAGAUUUUGAGGCCUGCUGUACUGGAAUGAUUGAGCAGAUCUCCUAUUGGGUAUAAACAGGAAAUAUAUCUUGUUUUCUGUUCCGGCAACUGGUGCUGUCCAAGUGGAGCAGAGCAAUAGACAAAAAGGAAUGCCUGCCAGUAACUAAAAGAAUCAUUUAAAGAAGUAGCUGGGUUAAAUAUCUUAACACAAUUAGUAUUUCUGCUUUAAUGAAUCACAAAAAGCUAAUAUGUUCAUAGCCAUGGCCUGUCAACAGACCAAAUUUGCCAAUGCCUUGUUAUUUAUUAAUUAAGCUGGUACAGUAUGAGGGACCGGUACUGUAGCUGCCCCAAAGAGGCAGUACAAUCUUUGCAUGAUACUUUUUUAAGAAAAAGAAGUCCCUUUUUGAUCAUCUUAGGCCAAAUAAAAUACUAAUUUCUCAUUAAGCUGAUUUUUUUUGAAGCAUGGUGACUGAACUGAAUUCUCAAUUUCACAUCCCUGCCAUCAAUCCCUUCCAAGUAGAACAAAACACUACUCUUGAGUUUUGCUGGCAAAAGAUUUGAGGAGAGGAGCUGUUUUCAUGACCGCUCUUUUGCAGAUAUAUGCAAUAUUCUGAGAGGAGUGAGUAUUCAACUUUAGGGACUGUUUGGUCAGGUUUUUUUUAUAAAAACUGUUAAAUAGCAAAAGGUUAGUUUUUUUUUUAAAGAAAGGUUCAAUUUAAUUAAGUUGUUGGGGCACUUCCCUUCAUUUAAAAAUACUGAGGAAAUAAAGCCUAUUUUCCAUGACACAUAACUGUGCUUCAAAGAUACUUCAAAUUACAAUACUUAAGAUAAGGUAUAAACAUGAGAAAUGCUCCUUUACUCAUUUGAGGGAAGAGACCAGUUAGUUUCUAACUUUUAUUGUAAAUCAUAAGCCAUUUAACUUUGGGUAAUGUGAUACAGGUUCAGUACCUAGUUUGUGCUAAACACUGAUUUCAACAGCUUAUGUAAGGAAAUGGGUAGGGGGUGGGAAGUGGGAUUGCAGUGCAGAAGGCACUGUUGAAAGGGCAGAAGUGGUGAAAUUGAGCUGAGGGUUCCUACUCUUGUUUACUCUUCAGUGACCCCUGCUGGAAAUGUAUUUGUAUGAACCACAGUUACGAAUGGAAUCAGGCUUAGUUGGGAUACUUCUACAGACAUCCAGCCUGCAGUGAUUGUCAAGGUUCACAGAGGAACAAAGGGUAUUUGGCGAUAAUAUCCAGAAAUCAUUGUACCCCAGCACUUGAACAGUAAAAAUUUGAAAUUGAACUGUUCACUUGAGGAACUUAAAUAUUUUUCUGUGCAAAAUAUUUCCCUCAUCCAUAGUGUUUUGUAUCUUUUAUGUUCUGUAUAUGCUCCAGUGGUUAACUUUUGUAACAGCAAUGUAUUGAACCUACAUGCUGCACUCUGGCUACUGCCCAUGAGAAUUGCCCUUACUAUCUGAUUUCUUACCAUUCCAACUUUUAAUCCUAUAAUGUUUUUCUUCUGUGCCAUUUCUCUUCUAAAUCAGGUUCUGUGUUUUAGAGUCCUGGUUUUGCUGCCAUACUUUUACUUACAGAACAGACAUCUGUUCUGUGAGUGCUUUGUUGGCUUUCCUGCUCAUUAUCUGUCAUCCUUGCACUUCUCUACACUUUGCCCUCAUCCCGCCAGAAUCUGAACAAUCAAAUGACUUUUUUUUUAGAAAAAGGCAAUUUGAAAAAGAUCAAUUAAAGAUGAAGAUCAGAGUGAGAAAAGGGCAGAAGUAGUAUUGAGAAGCAAGUAGGGAUAUCAAAGGCAUGUAGGGAAAGGAAUAAUUUUUCUUCAAAAAAUUCAUAAUCAGUCAGUAAAGUGAGAGCGGUUUGGGUGGGAUCCAUAUAAACGUCCCUGAAAUACUGUUCAGCAAUUCGUGAUUUUCCAGUAUUUUCUGCUCCUUUUGCAAACAUUCACCAAAUUUUCUUAUUUCCAAUUCCUUGUGAUUAUGUGAGUUCUAUGCUGGCGGGUACAUGGAUAAUAUGUGGAUUAUAAGAGUACUGUGUGGCAUAAUUUUUGGAAGAAAUGGCAUUUCGAAUAGUGGUGGCCCUGGAUCAGCAUGUCUGUCAUCUAAGGUACCUAGGUUCAAAUCCAACCAGAAAUGGUCAGACCAAAGUGUCUUUCAUCUGCUUGCCCUUCAGACAGUUUCCAGUAGACUUGGGCUAUCUGCACAAAAUUACGUACAUUUAAUUGCAUACUAAUUGUCAAUGUCACAUUGAUAGGCAUGGGUUGAAAAAAAAUUCACACCAUUGAAGUCAUACUGUUCUAACAAGGCUGGGGCAAACUAGAGGGAACUUUGAUUUAUCUAGAUAUGCCUGAAUGCAGCAGUUUGAUACUGAUGCAACGAUCCCUCAAUCAGGGUAAAGGAAAGGUAGAUUUCCAUUGUUGGCUCUGUUUUAAUGUUUUCUUAAGAAACUGUAAUGCUAAGUUUCUAUUUUUGUUAAUGCUCAAAUGACUAAAAAAAGUUGCAAUUAUCCUAUUUACUCACUCAAGAAAGAAAUAAUUAUUGCAGUGUGCUUUUAAUGAGAUUGGCCUGCCUUGUACCCACGUUGGAUGCUGUAUAAGAUUUAAUUAUUUCUGAAUUGUCAUUGAUGCUAAGACUUCAGUUCUGUGUCCUCAGGGGUCAUUAAAACCUCAAACUAGUAGCAACACUUUUCUCAGGUUUGUUAUUUUGAUUGUUGAAUUCUUACAUGUGUAAGUGACUGUAAUUAUACUAGUGUGCUUACACAUUUUUUCAAAGCAGUAGAAAGUAUUACUCAAUGCCGUGAAAUAGGCUUUAUUUACAAUUUUCAUGUUGAAAGCCUACUUUUAUUUCUCUUUAAAUGUAACCAGAAAUGUUGUUAAUUUCAUGUCUUAACAGCCCUAUUUUAAAGCUGCAGUGUUUUUCAAUGGUCAGCAUCUCAAUCAAAAUGUCAUAAGAUAUCUUAAUAAUAAACCCAUCCAUUUGGAAUUUACCUCUUGUCAGAACAGUAAAAUCUGACAUUUUUACCUAGAGCAGUUGAAUUGCUAGGAAUAAAUUACAAAAUUAUUCAUAUUUUGUUGAUUUGUAAUUAUUUGUGUGUUUUAAUUGGACAGCUAUUCAAAUACAAUUGGAAAGGGAUUUAAUUGGUCUCUUGCAUUUGCUUUAGCAUUGAUUUCUCUCUUGCUCUCUCUCGCUCUCAGUCUCUCUCUGUCUCUCUCUCUCUCUCUCUCUCUCUCUUCCCCCCGCACCCACUUCUUUCUUCAUCCCCAUUUGUUUGCACAAAAGCAAAUAGUAAACCAUAUUUAUAUAUUGUGUCUUUUUUUUUUAAAAGAAAACAUCAGUAAGGAUUACUAAUUAAUGCUAAAAUGACUUCCCGACCUUUUUGGCUCCCAAAUCAAAGUAUUAACAAACUUUACAUUGAGUUUAUACAUUUUUAAAAUGAAAGCGUGGAUCUGCUAUAUGUUCUUAAAUUUAACAUGAUGAAGAAUUAAAAGAUGAAUUCCGACUAUGCCACACUAACCUUACAAAUAUGUUUGUUAGUUACCUGUCCAUUGCCAUUGAAAAUGAAUAAAUAAGCAUCAAGAAUGUACAAAAUAUGCAAUUUCAGAAUAGAUAUAUUACAAAUAUGUAUUAUAAGUACCUAUGUAAAUCUGUGUGUAAAUUAUAAAGUUGUAUAAAGUUAUACAUAAAUCAUUACAUAGUGUGAUUUUCACUGUAAUCUUUUCUCCUUCUAGCAUCUGUAGACUCGCCAUUUACCUUAGUGAUGUAUUUUACUGCAUAUUACUGCUGCUCUGACUUUUAAUGUCUUUGUUUCUGAUGUUGCUUGCCUCCACACAUAGUCAUUUUGCCUGCUAAGUGAAUAAGUUGACUUCCCUGCUCGUCCCACCCAUCUCUGCAGUCAAUAAUAUUUGGAAAAAUGUCAUUGACCUACAGAUAACCAAGAAUGUUAAGAUUCUAAAUACAUAGUCAACUAUGGAGAAUUCACUCCACAAAGAAGAGAGAAUUUAUCUGAUGUCUCAGCAUCUCUUUAAAAUGUCUAAACAAGCUUUAUAAUCGUUGGAACAGUAAUUCAAUUAAAGUGAAGUGAAUGCAGGAGCCAAAUUAUGCACAGCAUGAAUGUCCAGUUAAUGAGUGGAACUUUCAAUUUCAUGGGAGGGCCCAAGAUUAUUAAUUGACCAUAAUAUACCAUUCUUUCUUUUUCCUCCUGUUGACUUCGUAGGAUUAUCUAAAAUUCGGUAUAAAUCUUUACGUGUAAAUGUAACUUUUUUUUCUACAAUCACUCCACCAUCAUUUGACUGUCCCUCCGGUUUACCUGUUAAUGAUGCAUAUUAGUGCACAUUGUCACAGCCGUAUCUUCUGACAUUUAAUUUGGUGGGAGGGAAGAUGUUGGCUAAAUAAAGGAAAUUUCCAUGUUUUUUAAAAUAUGCUAUGAUUUAUUUUUGUCAACUUAAAUAUUAUUCAUCAGACAAUGUGCUUGCAUCCAUCAUGGGACCUGAAUCCACAGUCCCUGACUCAGAUGCCAGCAGUGUAAAUAACUAAGCCAGAACCGUAUUUUUUUUUCUUUCCUGGUGUUUGACUUGCUGCAUUUUUAAAAAAAUUUUGGGAUCGACAAGAAAAUAGGCUGGAAUUUUUUUUAACAAUGGGAAAGUGUGUGGAGAAACAAAUGUAAGAUUAGAAAGCAGAUAAAUAAAAUGAGACAUACACUUGAGUAAAUCCAUAGUUAAUGCCAGCUGUGUGAUCAAGGAGACCCCCAACACAGUAUGACAGACUAAUAGAGUUACUCAGUAAUUUAUAAUUUUAAUCUUGUUAUAUCAACCACUGCUUGAGGCUAUUUUAAUGUGUGAAGACUUCAGGCAGCUGAAUUAUUAGAAGAGUGGUGACAGUUAAAUAGGAGGGAACAUGCAAUGCAUGACAAAGGAUCGAAUUCCAUACUUCUGUCACCAAAUUGUUUGGGCUGAUUUGUUUCACUGGUGCUGUGAGACAUGAACUAAUGAAAAAUAGAAUAGUUCUUAAACCAACAAUGAAUACUCGAAAAACUCAGCAGUUCUGUCAGCAUCUGUGCAGAGAGAAACAGCUCACCUUUCACGUCUGUUAUGUCUCUUCUUUCGAACAUCUUUACUCAAGUAUAAUAAUUCUUGUUGAUGUUAGCAUUUUUGAUUAACCAGGUCAUUAAUUGAAAUCCUUUUUUCCAUUCUAACAUGGCAACAUCAUACAAAUGAGGCAUAAUUUUCUCUCCUGCCAUAAGUGAUCUUUUUUUUUCUAAGAUGUACAUGUUUUCAAACCCAAUAUUAUUUUAACUGAUUCAUCUUGCGUUGUACAAUAUUCAUUGCAAAGCCAGUGGGAACACCAUGGAGUUAGUUAGAUAGAAAUUGAAGUGCUAUUUAAAGAAACUAAAAUUUUAAGAAUCUAGUUUUUUUCUUUAAUUGGAUACUAGUUUUGAUUCACUAUUCGUGCUGAGUUAGCUGAUAUCAGGACAACAGGCAGCAUACACACUGCACUUGAUUUUCCAUGGGCUAGGGAGGGAAAAUGUCAACCGAUGCUUCUGAACCUGGUUAUUAUCUAGUGCUUUCGGUUGGAAAGUGGGUAUGUAUGGGCAAAGAUUGGAUUUAGCUGAUGCCUGGCCUGUCUUCUGUAAACAAAUGUCUCUACUACAUCACUGUCUAGGUUUUCAUUUUUGAAAAAGCCAGUGGGCUGCAGUGUUAGAAGGCUACCCACAGUCAGAGUUUUACUACCGUUGGCAGGAAAGAUUUGGCAACAAAAGCAAAUGUUGUGGGAUAUAUGGUUAGUGAUCAAUGAGUUAUGAAUAUACCAGUAUGUAUAUAUAGAUUGGCUUUCAAUUGACAUAUUUCUGAUCAACUUUGUUUCCAUUUCUUCUCCUCCUUACUGGCAUUUGGUUUUACAAUUGUUCACUCAUUCUCUGGAACACUUCCCAAGUUGUCAUUUAUUUUAAAAAUGUUCUGGGAAGUGUAGAAACGCUAACACAUUCAUAACUGUUUUCUAGUUCACUUGGGAAAAGUACUAGUGAAUUAUAGAGUCAUAGAAUCAUACAGCUUGGAAACAACUGCUUCAGUCUAACUAGUUCACACUUAGCGUGUUCCCAAGCUAAGUUAGUCCUACUUGCCUGCCCUUAUCUAAAAGUCUUUUAAAUGUUGCAACUUUACCUGCAUCCACUAUUUUGUCUGGCAGUCAUUCCACACGCUAGUUGCCUGUCAUCCUUAUUAAAUCUUUCUUCUCUCAUCUUAAGUAUAAGCCUCCUCACAUUGAAAUCCCCUACCCGAGGAAAAUGAUCCUUGUCAUUCAUAUUAUCUAUGCCCCUCAUGAUUUUAUAAACCUCAGUAAGGUCACUUCUCAAACUUCUAUACUCCACUGAAAAACAUCCCAGUCUUUACAGUCUGUUUUUAUGUCUCAUGUACUGAUACCCACACAAUGUUGUUGGGUGGAGAAUUCCAGAAAUUUAGCCUAGCAAUGAUGGAAGGAACAGGAAUGUAUGUCCAAAUUGAUAUCACGUGUGGAUUGGCAAGGAACUUGGAGUGAUGUUCCCAUGGUUUGGUAUGCUUCUCUCUUGUUUAGAGUUUGAGAGCCCAAGUCAAAAUAUGAGAAUUCCCAAUCUUUUAUGUGUCAUGAAAAUGAUCGUCUGCAGGCAUUUCAACCAGUGCUGCAGCCAAGCCUGAACUUGUCUUGCAUCUGGCACCUUCAUGUACACACUUCCAACAAGAACUCUGUGUUGAGACUCCAGUUAACUUUUGCCUCCAUAAUUCAGGUUCUGAGGCACCUCCUCUGCCAUCUUAAUUGAGAUGAACCAGAUUAGUAGUAGCAUGGAAUUAAAUUAGUAACUUUUCUGCUCUGAAUAUUUCAACUGAACAAGCACACCUCGAUUGGCCACCCGAUUUAUCACAGUUGACAAGUUUAAAGCCUUUUUUGCUUUAAAAUUUUGAAUGAGAGGGGUUGACUUUCAAAGCAAAUCCUGACAGGCUUCUUUUGUUCUUUUAGUCAUUCGUCAGAUGUGGGUGUGGCUGUCACUGGCUGGGUCAGCAUAUGUUGUCCUGGAGAAGGUCGUGCUGCGCUGCUCCAGUCCUUUGUGUGCAGGUACACCCACAGUGCUGUUCAGAGGAGAGUUUCAGGAUUUUGACCCAACAACACUGAAUGAACUAAUUACUUAAAAUUUGAAUAUACUGUUUACAUCUGGAAAAUAAAUGAAAAAAGUUUCUUUUUAAAUAAUAAUCAGAACCAAAUGCAAGUCUGAAAGUAGGGAGCAUUUUUAAAUCCAAAAACCUCUGAAACAAUUAGGCACAUUUCUCAAAAUAGUCAAAAAGCAUUUCAAGUUGAAUAGUUGUGAAUGUUGAUAAGAUUUUACUUCAUUGACUUUGUGUCAGUGAAAAGAGAACUUUUCCCUUCAAUGUAAAACUCUUUGGUGGCAUCUCUUACUCAGAAGCACCCCUAAAAAUGCAAAUAUAUGAAACUCAAUAGCAAAAUUGGGAGAAGAGAUGGAGAUAACUAAAGAAAUAAAAAGUCAAUGUUAAACAAAAGGAAAUGCUUUUUAAUUGUGGAUAACAUGAAGUCAUCUAACUUGUGUGCAAAAAUUUGUAUUUAAUUUAGUCUUUUGUAUCUAAGUAUUCCAAUAUCAAAAGUAUUACUCUUCUGUUUUGGCAAACUGCAAUCAAUCUAGUUUCUCAUUCAUGCCUAAGGCACCUUGUUAUAAUAUUGUACAUCUUUUUAAAAAUUACAAAAACAGAUACAACAUUUGAACAUUUAUGUGCAAUAGUCUAUGGUCCUAUGAUGACAGAUAUCUACCUGGAAUGUGGAUCUAAUUCUCUUUCCAGAUUUGCAUACGUGCUUCCCUUUUACUCAUCAAUUUAUAAAUUCCCCGGGAUCUUUCUUCCAACCUUUUUCAAAUGUUGCUAGUGCUUAGACUACUUGCUUUGAUUUGAUUUGGUUUGAAACUGACAAUAUUCCAUGGUAUUGGAAGAUUCAAUACAAAAAUUAAAAAUUUACUACUGACCUCACUGCACUGCCUUAACACUAAGGAAUGAUUUGGCCGUAACUGUGAGAACUAAAGUCAAAAUGCUGGCACUGUCCUCUCAAAAAUAUCUGUGUGAAAUUAUAAGACAAUACUGCAUCUGUGAUGGAUACAUGUUGCUUUAUUUAUAGAAAUCCUUCCAAUUUCAUCCCCAAUUGUACAUAACUAAAUGCAUAUUGGUAGAUUGCCAUUGAUGUCAUAUGCCUCCUCUAGCUCCCUUUCCACCACUGAAAAUCUCCAUUUGUGUGUUUACUAAUUUUGAGUCUAAUUUGCAUUAACUCCCAAUUCAUUCCGAACUCAGUUGCCUGGAUUCUAGCUCAAACUAAGUUCUGUCCAUGUAAUUGCUGAGCCUUGCUGACACAUCAUCCAAAAGCAGUUGUCCUCAUCCAUAAAUCCUUUCAUUAACUCAAUGCACCCUGUCUUCAAAACCUUCUCCCCUCCAUUUUAAUCCUCUACAGUGGCAGAUUGAAAUUUUUUUAUAGUAAGGUGAAGACGUAACUUGAGUAAGCUGUAGUAUCAGAACACUAUAAAGCAUUUCCGGAAAUUUAAGGCACAACUUAACUUUUUGUUUUCUGUCCUCAACUUAAUAUGUAGAUGAAUUUUAGGUGAUAUAAUUUUGAAGUGUUUGAAAGGUUUCAGAGGGUGUAUGAACCAUGUUUCCACUUGCUGGCAAUUUUUUAAAGUUUUGAAUUAUCAUUAGAAGAAUAAAAUGGUAAAUUAGGAUAAUUUCAUACUGAGGGCCAUUAAUACAAUAGAAUAUGAAGAAUAGAAGCUACAAUUAAAUAGCAACAGUCAAAAAAUUAUUACUGCCACAGUCACACAUUUUCAUUAGUUGUUAGUUUGAUAAGUCCUAAAACAGUAUUGAUUACGUCAUUGUUUAAAAAGCAAUGUAUUUUGUGAUUAAAGAAAAGUUAGACAAUUAUUAAGAGUCUUGCUCAAAGUGGAACUGUGCUAACUCAAGAUUUCAGGAUUGAUGUUUUACUGCAUAAUGUAAAUAAUGUGUGCAUUUACACAGGAACAUUGUUUAUUAAGGAGAUUGGGAAUUUUAAAGAACCUUUCAGUUCCAUGUAUAUUUUGACAAUACUGGCCAAAGCAGAUUUUGCAAAGAUCAUUUCAUUUUGUUAUCUGAAAUGGUGUUAAACUACCUUUAUUGUUUGAAUUGUUUUAACUGCUCAAGUCACAUUUUUAUAUUAAAAAUUAUGCUAUUAUACAGGGGGGGAAAAAAGUGUGUUUAUUUUUGACUUCUGCAACAUAUGUUCCCCUCAUUAUUUUUUGUCAUUUUGGGAAUCUCAAAGUCGAAAAGAAGAGGUGGUGGCCUGCUGGUAUUAUCGCUGGUCUGUUAAUCCUGAGACCCAGAUAACAGCCCAGGGACCCGGGUUCAAAUCCUGCCAUGUCAGAUGGUGGAAUUUGAAUUCUAUAAUAUAUCUAGAAUUAAGAAUCUGUUGAUGACCAUGAAUCUAUUGUUGGCUGUUAGAAAAACCCAUCUGGUUCACUAAUGUCGUUUAGAAAAGGAAACUGCCAUCCUUACCCGGCCUAGCCUACAUGCGUAAUUUGGUUGACUCAUAACUUCCCUCUAGGCAGCUUAGAGAUAGACAAUAAAUGCUGCCUUGCGGUGACACCCUUAUUCCAUUAAUGAAUAAAGGAAAUCAUUUAAGGCACAACUUAAAUUUUUGUUUUCUGUCCUCAGCAAAAUCAUUCUUCGUGAGUCCAAGGCAGAAAGUGCCAGAUCAUAAAUUUUUUUGAACAGUGUUCAUGUUAUCCAUAGGCUGGCCCAUGAGGAAACCACUUUGAGUAUUGAUUUUUUUUAAAAAAAUGGACGCUUCCCUGUCUCAUUAUUCUGUUUCCAAAAACAGUACAGACAAUCCCACCAGGAAGUGACUGGUUGUGUAAAUGUCAAUUACGAAUGCCUAUUCAAACUUUUACGUACUUGGUAGACCAAUUAAGAAUGAAAUGUCUGACUGUACUUGAAUCUAGUAAUGCUUAAUAAAAGUUGUUUUAAUUUUU